AUGCAAGUCACGGUCCGCACAGCCUCCACUAACACCAUCCAGUUCAUCUACCGCCUCAGCGUCUGCGGCGAGCUCUCCCUCGGCCUCUUCACAACCACGCAAACCGUCGAGAACUCCAGCAACGCCGACCUAGCAUCCGGGCCCACAGCUUCAAGCGCCCUCCCCGUAGACUCGAACCAGCCGGACCGCACAAGCAGGAGAGAACUCCUCCUCGGCCACAUCGUCGCCACAAAAACCACCAACCCAACAAUCCACGACGACGACAUGGUCAUCCCGCCGAACUGGCCCUCCGCCCCGCCCUCCCACUCCCAGUGCCAAGGCCACCAAGAGCACGGCCGCACCGUAGCGCUGCACUCCCUAGCCGUGCUGCCGGCCUACCAGCGCAAGGGCCUCGGCGCGCUGCUGCUGAAAGCGUACGUGCAGCGCAUAGAAUCCUCCGGCAUCGCGGACCGCGUCGCGCUGCUGACGUACGAUCGCCUCGUGCCGUUUUACGAGACGCUGGGGUUCGAGAAUCGGGGGAGGAGCGCGGUGACGUAUGGCGGUGGGGGGUGGAUUGAUAUGGUGCGCGAGUUCAGGAAAGCUGGGGAUGGGGAGGAGGGGGUCUGA